CAAAUUCUAUUAUCUAUGGACGAUUUUGAUUGGGUUAACGAUACUGAUAUCCGGGGACUCGCGGUAGUGCGGUUGUGGGAAAGUGUUCGAGAGUUCAAGAUCAUGGCGAACGCCAACGACAAACAGUGGCAGAAAGAUGCGGCAGAUCAGAAUUUCGAUUAUAUGUUCAAGCUUUUGAUCAUUGGAAAUUCUGCUGUAGGAAAGACGUCGUUUCUCUUUCGCUAUGCCGACGAUUCAUUCACCUCGGCGUUCGUUUCCACCGUGGGAAUCGAUUUCAAAGUGAAGACGGUUUUUCGGAACGAGAAACGGGUCAAGCUGCAAAUAUGGGACACGGCCGGGCAGGAGAGAUAUCGGACUAUAACAACCGCUUACUACAGAGGAGCGAUGGGAUUUAUUCUUAUGUAUGACAUUACGAACGAAGAGUCAUUUCAGGCUGUGCAAGAUUGGUCAACACAGGUGAAGACAUACUCCUGGUCCAAUGCACAGGUGAUACUUGUGGGUAACAAAUGCGACAUGGAGGAAGACAGGGUGGUGACUUACGAAAGAGGGAAGCAGCUGGCUGACCAACUUGGUCUUGAAUUCUUUGAAACCAGUGCCAAGGACAAUGUCAAUGUGAAGCAAGUGUUUGAGCGAUUGGUCGAUAUCAUCUGCGACAAGAUGUCAGAGAGCUUGGAUUCUGACCCAACUAUUGUUAGCGGACAGAAGCCAGGGACGACAAAAUUAUCUGAUAAACCACCACAGCAACAGGAUAGCUCUUGUGCUUGCUGAUUGUUUUAGAAUAAUUAUCGUCAAAUUUGUCAACUAGGACUUACGUUGUUGGAUUUUAAACCUGCAGUAUAAAAAUUUGCAAUGUUCCCUGCUCUGUAUCUGUUGCAGAUCUAUAAAAUGUUUAUGGUGGAAUUCCUAUUUCUCAAACCUUGAGAGGAAAUUAAAGCUAAUUUGAGAAAUUCUGAGUUUUAGAUAUUGGAGUUAAAUAAAGUACAGUGAAACAAAAUUCAAGGGGAAAAAUUUUUGGUCUGAGUUAUCAGGAGGUUUAGGAAGGCUAUGGUUCAAGAAAUCUGGAUUCCUCUGUAUUAUGUUGUUUGUUGAAUAAUACAUUUGUCUUUACUUACAAUACUUUAAAAUAUUAAUACCCUUUACUGCAAAGUUGAUGUUUCUUUUGGUUGGUGAGGGAUCAAAGCUGAGUUUGAAAUCAAGACAUACUGAAAUCAAUUGAGAAGCAGUAAGUUGAGUAGUUUAGACCUUUGAGCCCCAAGAUUGAUCUGCAUCAAAUUUCUCCUUAAAAUAUUGAUGCUUAAACAUUAAGAAAAUGUUAUGAGAAUAUCACUGUUUUCAGUGAUAUUUUAAGAGAUUCUCCCAACCAAUGCUAUGAGAAAUGUAUAAAGACAAGCAAGGAGAUUUUGUAUGUCGAUUCAUCAGAGCCCAAAGGGUUUACUAAGUUGGUCGUCAAAUUCUCCCUAACUAAUAGUAACAAAUAUGUGGAGGUUAUUGGGAAAAUUUGCUUGUUUAGUAUGAAGGGUUCAAUGUAACCAAGUUCUCUAUUACAGACUCUUAGUUGUGUUCAGUUGCCCAACACUUAUUUAUCAAUUGCUGUUGGGAAAAAAGUAAUAUUUGAAAUGCAUUGAAAAUUUAGCAGUUAUCUGGACCUCAAGCUUGAUGUCUAUUUCAAUUGACAGGCAGCAAAGUUUACACCAUUGUUGACUUCUUUCAGCUCUUUUUUUUGUAUGACAAUGACGCAUUUGAGUUUCUGAGGAAGAAAAUUAAUUCCUUGGUUAAAAAAAAUUCAUAGUCCUCAAGAAAAUUCUCAGCAAAAAUUCAGGAAAAAAAGGAAACGAAAAGAAAACUAGGACAAUUUGUAGCUCAUCUUUAGUUUCAAAGUUUGGAACUUAAUUUCACUAACUACAGGUGCAAUCAGAAAGACAAUAGCUUUAAACUUUGUAUUUUCCCAUGCUGUCAUCAUAUUAAAUAUGCAGUUUAAUUACACUAUUUAAUCAUCCACCUAAGACGUCAAAUUUAAGUUAUAAGUAUAAAUAUUAGUUGUAUUAGUGAAUUUGUGGGAUUGAAAAUGCAUGUAUGUGCUUUUCAAGUUAAAUUUACCCACUAUGAAAUAAUUUAUUUUUGUGGUCAGCUUAAUUUUGACCAAUUUUUGUGGCAAAAAACUGUUUUGGACUAUUACAAUAUUAUUCACAUUUAUUCAACCUAACAUUAGUUGUAAUAUGUGAACAUAUGUUCAGAAAAGUGUUAUCAAUAAUUAUUACUCUUGAGUGACUAAUUCCAGUCUUUCUGUUCAUUGAAUUUAUGGAGUGAAACGUUAAGCUCUCCAACUAAGUUGUGAAGUAGAUUUGACAAGGGAUGCUGUAAGAGGAUUUCUGGAACAUUUCAGGGAAAUCCAAGCCAAGCUGGACAAUUUGACUAUCCCUGAAGGUUAUGAAAUGACUACCGGUGGUCAUGUAUUUAAUUACAGUUUAUAAGGUGUAUAAGCUUGUAAAUCUCUCAGUUGUUGUUGACCAGAAUCUCCAGGGCUGAAAAAAAAAACUUGAAUUUCAGGUUGCCCAGCAGCUCUCAAAUCUUGCUUGCCAUGGGCAAAUCUUAGUUAAUUACUUUUAUUGUGAUUUAGUUGGCAGAUAACUUGCCUGGGCCUUUGCUGUUUGGGGGGCCUUUGCCCUUUGGGCAAGUGAGAAUGAAAAGUAACUUGCCUGGCAGGAGAAUCUACUUCUCCUGGACAAAGACAUUGCUUUUUUUGAGCCCUGGAUUUUUUGAUGUUGAAAUUGAGCUGGUAGCAUACCAAGCUCAUAUCUGAAUAAUGGCAGUUCUAAUUCACUGGUUUAGUACAUGGUGCUGGGAUAUUAGUAAAAUGUAAAUUAACUGCCCUUAUUUAUUGGUUUUUGAGUGCAGUAUGAUUGAGCCUCGGCCAAAAGCACGAGGUGAGCUGUUGAUUUAAGUCACUGUCUGUUACUAACUUAUUAAGCGAGUACAGUGGAACCCGUAAAUCUGGUCACCAACAGGCCACUAAAGUCUGGCGGUAUUAAUAGGGUGUCUGUAUUAAAUGGGUUUUUCACAGUAAUAAGGAAAUGACUGACUGAGCUUUUGUUUGGGCUAGUAUAAAGUGGCCAUAAUAAUGUGGCUGUAUUAAUGGGGUGGCAGUAAAGGCAGCAUUCCACUGUAGCAUUUUGUGGUGGCUUUUUGACAAAAUUGACUUCAGGCUUGUUAUAUAGUGAUCACUACGCCAUAGAAUAUUGACAUGAACUGUUAAUUUAAAAUUGUAUGCACUCUGUCAUUAGCCAUUGCUAAGAGUGUCUUUGUCUCACACUGUUCUGAUUUAUGCCUAAGAUGAUUAUGAGUCAACUUAAUUAUGUUAACAUUAAUUAUUAUUCCUGAAGCCCCAGCUUGAGUGCUAAUUAUGCUAUACAUUUAUGCUAAUCAACCAAUUUAGUUGUAACUUAUUUGUCAUAAUUUGUAUGGUGGAGGAAGCAAAAUGUAUUUAUGGGAAUGGCAGAUUCAUAUAAUUAUACAUAUAUUUAGGUCAGUGUUUAAUAUAAUAUUUCCAGAUACAAAUCCAUGUGGAUGAAAUCAUGUCUGAAGAAGGUUAUUAAAAAGUGAAGUCAAAUUGAGAGUA